AUGGAGAACAAAAACGACGACGAAUUCGAAUUUAUCGAGUCAUAUCCCAUUGAUGAUUAUCAUCGUAAGCCUCUACUCAACAUUUCAUUACAUACAAUUACAGAAAGCCUAGGGUUUGAGAGCUUCAACGAGAAAUCAAAAUGCAGUUUCGAUGAAUUAGAUGAACGAAGAUCAAGAUCAAGAUCAAAUACAAAAUGUACUAGUUCACCUUCACCAACAGUUAUAAAUUUCCCGCCACUUUUAUCAAGUUUGAACGAGAAGGGACGGCCAAGAUUUGAUCUAGAAAUAGUGCGGGAAAAUGGACGGUUGCAGAUUGCAAGUGUGAAAAAUAAUCGCCCGGAGGUUAUUGUUGAACGUAUACGUCCAAGUGAAGAAAGUGAUGUCCGAGUUCGAAUAAAGUUUAUCGAUGGAAAAAAAGAUCCGUCUUCUUCUUCUUCUUCUUCGUCUUCUGGUAAAGAGGAAAUUAUAAUGAUCAUAGAAGAAGAUGAAUCUUGA